CCAGGCUUUUUAUCCAGGAAAUUUUUAACAAUUCAUUGCACAGUAAAACCUCAGUUAUUUUAUGUCAGCGCUAAUUUUUUGUUGCGCCAUCUCUUGUUUUCUUUUGAUACUCUGCAUACAAAAAUAUAAAAUAACCAAGACUCCACUGUUAUUAUCAAUCAAUACUUCAUGAAAUUAUUAUGUAUUUCUAUUGUAAUUGUUAGUUUAAUAAUGAGGAAUCAAAAGAAUAGCCAUUUAAAAAGGAUUUUCUGCACUUUUUGAUAGCCUAUCAAUGAUAGGUGUCCAUAUUCAGCAAAGUACUUUCAUUGCUUUUGAACUUUCAUUUCAAAGAUGAAAAAAGCGAAGAGAUAGGACACAACGGUAAACUGUCCAUGUCUAAUCCAUGCUAAUUUAAACUCUAAUUUUCUUGUUAAAAGAAAUUGUAUCAAAUUUAAUUCAGUGAUUGUAUAAAUAAUGUUCACUCCAAAUUCAAUCCAAGAACCGUCAUGCAAUCAUCUUUAUCCUUCACUCGAAACACCAUCAAAUAGUGUGGUUCAUCCUCAACCAGCAACACAUUUAGAGCAACCACUUUAUCCUCAGCUUUACGGUGGAGCAAGACUACCAUCGACCAAUCCCGAUGAAUGGAUUCCGGGUCGUCCAGUAUCUUUUAGUCCGCCAGGAUUAGAGUACUUGACUCAAAUUGAUCAAAUUCUUGUUCACCAGAAAGUUGAAAUUCUUGAAACUUUAAUUGGCUGUGAGACAAAAAACAAAUAUCAUAUUAAAAACAGUAUGGGCCAGAAAAUAUUCAAUGCCAUUGAAGAUACCACUUUUUGUACCAGGUGUUGCUGUGGACCAAUGAGACCAUUUAAUAUGAAAAUUACCGAUAACGAGGAGCGAGAAGUUAUAAAUCUCUAUCGGCCUUUGAGAUGUCAAGGACGUUGUUUCCCUUGUUGUCUUCAAAGUAUGCAAGUUACUGCUUCUGGUGUCGUAUGUGGUUAUAUUGAACAAACUUGGAGUCUUAUUGGGCCUAAAUUCAAAGUAUGCGAUUCUUCUGGUGAAACAGUUUUGCGGAUUGAAGGACCAUUCUGUACUUUCUCUUUCUGUGGUGAUGUUGAAUUUAAAGUUUUAUCACGCGAUGGUGACACUCAAGUCGGUCGUAUAACUAAACAAUGGUCUGGUUUAGCUCGAGAAUUAUUCACUGACGCUGAUCAUUUCGGCAUUUCAUUCCCAAUGGAUUUAGAUGUCAAUAUCAAAGCUGUAUUAUUGGGAGCUUGCUUUUUAAUUGAUUUUAUGUAUUUUGAAACUAAAUAGUGAUCCUGUAGACAGACGAUUCAAAUGAAAUGAGAUUUGACACAAUCACGGCACAAUGAAAUGAAACAUUGUCUUCAACGAAAAGUGAUUAAGGUUUCAUUUGUGACUGUUUUAGAGUUGGACUUGCUUAAACUUUGCGGUUGAUCUGGACAAUUAGAGAUAAUGGCUGUUGACAACAAGUCUAAAAUGAUCAGAAUUAAAAGCUUUCGCUUAUCAGCCGUCGAUUUUGUCUUAUAUUGGAUUCUAUUACGGCAUCAAUACUAUGUAUCGAUGGUAGGCUCUCGAUAUUGCCACAAUUUAAAGUUUGAUAUUUGCUAUCAUAUUAUAAUAUUUUAUAAAAAUCAAAUAAAUAUAAAAUUUUAUCAAUUUA